CCCCGGCCCGCCUCCACCCCCGCUCGGCCGCCGCCGGACGCCGUGGACGUGGCAGAACUGCUGCGGGACGCCAGCUCGGCCCAGGAUGAGGCCCCGGAGGCGUUGGCGCCGCGGCCGCCCUCACGCUGCUCAGUGCUGCUCUUCCCCGGCCAGGGCAGCCAGAUGGUCGGCAUGGGGGGCGGCCUGCUUGGCUUCCCGCGUGUGCGCCAGCUCUACGAAGCGGCUCACCGGGUGCUGGGCUACGAUCUGCUGGAGCUGUGCCUGCACGGGCCUCAGGAGGACCUGGACCGCACCGUGCACUGCCAACCCGCGGUCUUCGUGGCCUCGCUGGCCGCCGUGGAGAAGCUUCAUCACCUGCAGCCGGCGGUCAUUGAGAACUGUGUUGCUGCAGCUGGAUUCAGCGUGGGAGAGUUUGCAGCCCUCGUGUUUGCUGGAGCCAUGGAGUUUUCUGAAGGUCUGUAUGCAGUGAAGGUCCGAGCCGAAGCUAUGCAAGAAGCAUCUGAAGCUGUCCCCAGUGGGAUGCUGUCUGUCCUCGGCCAACGUCAGUCCAACUUCUCCCUUGCCUGCAUGGAAGCCCAGGAGCACUGCAGAUCCUUAGGCAUAGAGAACCCGGUGUGCCAGGUGUCCAACUACCUCUUUCCUGACUGCAGGGUCAUCUCAGGACACCUUGAGGCCCUGCAGUUUCUCCGGAAGAAUUCUGCUAAGUAUCACUUCAGGCGCACCAAGAUGUUGCCAGUAAGUGGUGGCUUCCAUACUUGCCUCAUGGAGCCAGCUGUGGAGCCCCUGGUGAAAAUUCUAGGCACAAUUAACAUCAAGAAGCCACUGGUUGCUGUCCACUCCAACGUCAGUGGGCAUAAAUACAUGGAUCCCCAGCACAUCCGGAAGCUGCUGGGGCAGCAGGUGGUGUCUCCAGUGAAGUGGGAGCAGACGAUGCACUCCAUCUACAAGCGGAAGAAGGGCACUGAUUUCCCCAGCACCUUUGAGGUGGGUCCCGGGCGGCAACUGGGGAGCAUCCUGAAGAGCUGCAAUGGGCAGGCGUGGAAGUCCUACAACCACGUGGAUGUGAUGCAGACCAGCACGGAUCCUGACCACUGAGGGCCUUGAAUGGAAUGGCCCCAGGGUGAGCCCCAUUUCCUCAGACUGGAGGACAUUGGUCACUGCAGUCUCAGUUGUGGCUAAGGCUUCCCUCAGAGGAUCGUCCUUGAGUGCCCCAUCACAUGACUCAACCCGUCCCUACACUUGAUGCUGUCCGGCUGCUGGGGGAAAGAAUUCCUAUGCAGACGGCCUGUGCAGCCGGCAUGCUACUCUGCCUUUGCACACAACCAUGCCCCUCAGUGAAUCCAGGAAGGGCUAGCCUGGGGCAGCCUUAGACUUACCCUGUUGGUGCUGUAGGCACACUGCUUGGCUUCAAACCAGGCCUGGUGCCAGAGGGGCUUAUUGUCCCUGUGUCAUGCUGUUCACCCAGGGCCGAGGUCAUAGCUUGUUUGGCCUUCAAUCUGUCCAAUGGCCUUGGCAGCCACUUGGUCCUCUCCUCUCUAGACAGCUGGGAGAUUGAGUGCCGUAUACUGUAGAUAUCUAAGAAGCACAUGUUAAGUUCACAGGAGAAACCUGGAACAUAAGGUAUGGAAUGUAUUUGGGCAAGAAGGAUGGCCCGGGACCCUGACUGCACUAGUCCAGCCCCAGUUCAUUCAUGACGAGACCCCCACCACCACCAAGUCAUCCAUGGGACAGUGGCCACUGCUUCCCUCACAACACAGCUGCUCUGCAGCAGGAGUAAAAGAAGUCUGUGAGAGGACACAUAAUAAAUGUGAGCGAGCCUUUCUAAGCUGCCUGGCUGGCUUUCUCAUUCAUUGAUGCUGGGGAAUCUUGGGAAUGGAGCUCAUGAACUUGUUUUGUUGUUGGGAAGGCCUACACCUAAUCUGGGUAGCCUUCUCAGCAGGGCUCUGUCUGCCUCUGGACAGGACCUGUCCUAUUGCCCAACUGUGCCAUUCUUGUGCAACUGUCCUUGGUACUUGCAGGCCUUGUGAUCUCUAGAUGGCCUGUGGAUUUCAACAUGAGUGCAAAUGUAGUUUGCACCAUCCUGAGUGAGUACAUCUAUCUUAGCUGAGGCAGGAGAAUGGCUUUAGCUCCUCAGUUUGACAUCAACCAGGCAGAACAGCCUGUCUGUAAAUGAGUAAGAUUCUGGAAAGCUGUCAGCAUUUGCUUGCAGGGGGUUGGCUCCUGUGGUUGCCUCUUUGGGCCCCAGGUCUGGAGCACUGUGGCUUGGCUGUCUGCAGGGCAAAUGUCACCUCGGAAGCUUGGACUCACCUCACCUCUCCCAAGCCUAACAUGAGGUCAACCUGAACCAGGGCAUCCCAUAUGGGAUGUGGUCAGUCCCAUCCUGUGUGGUCACAUCACAGGCCCCAGAUGCUCCCACAGCCUUGUCACCUGAGGGAAGUUGCCCCACUGUCCCAGAACCCUCCAUCCCUCCUUGGGCCUGCUGCAGGGGAGUGGUGUGUUAAGAGUCUCAGACCAAAGCUGCUGUGGCAAAUGUGACAAGUGUCCAUCCCCACUCUUGAGCACUGGGGGCAAUCCUAGUUCUGCUGUUAACUAGGACUGAUCUCACUGAAGGCUGAAUCUGGCAAUAAAGCUUGGGGUUAGGCU